AUGGCGGCAAUAGUGGACGAUCCUCCUUCGUGUGGGCUGUGCGCAGGAGAAGCUGAUUCAACAUGCCGAAUGCUUCCAUGCCAGCAUUUCUACUGCACUGAAUGCAUUUUGGAUCAUUUUAGGGACCAGAACCGCGGAGAAGAUUGUCGUAGGGGUCGUUUUGUGUGUCCCUACUGUACAAGAGCUUUACCUGUCAACAUAGAAAUCCCUCCAGUUGCGACCGAAGUGAAUGGUGAUAUAACUGGAAACGAAGAUGAAGAAAAACUUAAUGUCGCCGACGGUUCUUACUGUGAUAUAUGUCCCCAAUCGAAAGGUUUACCCACCGUCUGUCCACACAAGCAGGGUCUCUGUCAAAAUAAAUCUCUUUCUUCGUUACAAGAUCAACACCCACCGUCUUCUCUUUCUUCUUCAUCUUCGUCGUUGUCGUCUGCCUCGUGUCACACCCAUCGUCUGCCUAUUGAUAAAUUUUGUCCCGAUUGUGCUGUUUGUCUGUGCGACGGUUGCUGGAAGGGACACGGUAGCCCCAAAACCUGUCCACCGCCACUACCUUUGUCUGUAGCCGUCACAAAACGCAGAACAGAAGCCCGUUCCUUGCUGGACAAGGCGGAAGCCUCAGAGACGAACAUUUCCUUCUACAAGGAUGAAUUUCACCGGCAGCUUGAGUCCCUUAAUGAAAAUAUGCUUACCACCAGCGAAAAUAUUUGGUUCGAAGUCGAGUCUCUGGUUUCGUCCCUUCGGACUAAAGCACGUCACCUCAUCACCGAAGUUGAACUCGCAACAGAAACAGAAAAAUCACAACUUGAAGGAAAAAUGGCAGUUUGCGACGGUCAUUUGGAAGAAGUUCAAGACCUGAAGUGUCAGCUGUCCACCCUGAUGUCGCAGACUGGUGGUCAUCAACUAGUGAACAAUUACCCAAGUUUAGAAUCCCGGUGGGAAACCUUAAACAAAUGUAUCAAAGAUAUAAAAAGUCACAACCAAGUGUGUGUGACGGCUGAAUUUGAUGCGGACUAUAGACAAACGAGGGAAAAAAUUAAAACCCUAACAAUGGGACGGGUUCGGUUGACUUCUAAAACAACCCCAGCACCUUCGGAUCGUCCUUUACAAAAAGCUCCGAAAUGGAGACACGAAACUGCAGUUCAGUGUAUUUUAGACAUUGGGGAUGACGGGUUUUCUAAUCAAGAUCGUUCCCCUGAAUGUGGACCGUCGUCUCCUAGCAGGAAAAUCCCAUCUUUAAGUGAUCUGAUUGAGUGGCCUUUGGUAAAAAGCACAAGUUAUAUCACCGGGUUGACAGUUAGCGAGGACCGCCAUAUCUUUGUGUCUGACUGUCACAAGCAGAAAAUAUUGGAGUAUAGCCCCGAGGGUUGCCUGUUGUGCCAUUGCCAAACGCCCAGCCCUCCUUACGACAUCUGCGCCAUUUCGCCAGCACGUUUUAUGGUGGUAUUACCUUGGCAGUGUGAAUUGAUGCUUUUGGAACGAUCUACAGACAGUAAACCGUUCGAGAUUGAUCUUAUUGUCUCGACUGGCGAGAAAAGGUAUUACUCCCUGUGUAAAGUCGGCUCCACCAUUUUAGCCUGUGAUUGGUGCACCAAUGUGGAUAUCCUCACUUCGCAAGGCCGGAUUCUUGCAUCUGUUCUCGGCUCUAGGGAUAUCAGUUACCAGGGUUGGGUUCAUAGGAUCUGCCCUGGGUUGCGACCCGACGUCUUUUGUCUGCUAGACUGGGAAACCCAGACUGUGUCUACAUACGACCUGAGGGGCACCCUGCUAUUGUCCCGUCCGACUCCGUCUGCCCCUGCACUAGGCCCCACAAACGAUAUUUGCUUUGACAGUUCUGGUCGUCUGUUUUGCUGUGAUGUUGAUGGAAUUUAUUGCAUUAAUGAGACGGGGUUAAUCAGUACGUUGUGGUCAUUCGAGGCCAAACUCAGUCAUUACCCCCGUAUUGCACUUGGACCUCGGCACCAGUACCUUUUUGUUUCCUGUAAAGUUGGUCGCAAAUAUAAAAUUAGGACUUUUAAAAUUUCCUGA